GCCUCGUCUCGCAAUUUUGGUGUUGAUUAUGAAAAUCCAGUCAGUCGGCGUUUCUUCAUUAACGAAGGCUAUUAUGGAUGUGGAAAUGAUUUGGGUUGGGUCGUUGUGAUCGACGGACAAGGACCGUGUUCAAUGGAUAAAGAAGUAAAUAGCACCAUUGUUCAUUACGUCAAUACGUAUUCCUAUUCUUUGAUGCCUGGGGAGACUGCUGAUUUUAUGGCAAUAUUUGCAGAAAGAGGUACAUGUGUCUACAGUGAGAUAUGUUCUACGACUUCUACACCUAAUGAAUAUCUGUUGGUCAACGAGACAGAAGAAAUUCAGAAAAGAAUUAACGCAAUUAAAAAGAACUUAACUGUACCGAUGAACUCUACGUCAAAACAUCAUCGUAGCAAAACAAGCGCAAACGAUGAGCGAAUGUCGUCACGUGCCAUAGGAAUGGUACUUGGGUUUGGUCUUAUAUCGGCGUUUUUGGCUCUGAUCCUUCUUCCCGAUAUCUUUACGUUGAUUCGUUAUGCUUUGGAACGAGUUUGUGAGAUGAAAGCUUAGAAUAUUUGAAGAAAUGCGUUAUAGUCUGUCCAUAUAUAUUUUUGCCGCACAUUUGAACGAUUUUUAAUAAAAAUACACAUACCUGUGACAGAAGUGCAAUUAAAAUCGAUGAAAGGGAAAAUUCCAAAGAUAACUUCAUUCACACAUUAUCAUUUUUCCCUCGUUAAAAUUCACGGGAACGAAAACAGAUUUCCUACGGAGAUUUAUAAUGAGGAAUGUUGACAUCUUUUCUCCAUUCGGAAGUCCUCGGGACACCUCGCGCAAUUUUUCAACGUUAUCAUCCGGGCGUCUUCAUCUCCUUGGCAAUGGAAAACCCCGUAGAGCUUUGUAUUUUUAGCCGUGUAUUGAUACCCGACAAGCUAGAGGGGGCGUUUCAAAAGGGAAAUCUUGGGAUUUUUUCAUACUAUUGAAUGAACCUCGUCUGAACCAAGAGGUAUUUAUAAAUAUCGAAUAAUUUUAGGAAAUAUGCGGCAAAAAUAUCUUGGGACAGACUAUAAAUGAAUAUUUAGCUGCUGUUACAUUUAAAAAAAUACCAUCACAUGCCGUUUGAAUUGUCAGAUGGUAUCUCAAAUUUUCCCAUAUCGCUUUUGCAAUGUGUGUAGUAUGUAUAUCAUUGAUUAUGCGUCAGUUGAUGCAUGUUUGAUAUAAAAAAAACGCGACAUUAUAUUAACAACUGAGCCUACGAAUUUAUAUAUUGAAUUUUUUUCGACUAUGAUGCAGAAUGUAUUCAGUAGAUGCAGGUUACAAAAAAUAUACAUAGUCACAAACACAAUUCUUUAUGUGAACACACGGUCGUAAAUUUUAAAGCCUCAUCGUUUUUAACCGCACAAUCGUGUUACCAUUGUCGCGAAGAUUAUUUACUUUAUAUGAUAAUGGCUGCUUGCUAAAAAGAAAUCGUACGAGUACAUGUUAAAAAUGACACUCUUGUAUUUGGUAUGUAUUUUAUAAUCUGGUUUUUGUAAGUUUAAACGGAUGUUAUGCCAAUCUAAUGUAUAUAUUUAUAAAUGACAGGAGGGCUGCUAAUUUUUAGCAUUUAGAAAAGCAUUUCGAUACAUGUAAUUAUGUGGGGGUUGUGUUUUUUGUUUUGGUUUUUUUACCGUAUAUUGGAUGAAGGUUCAUCUUUUUCGAGUUGACCAAUAUGGUAAUGUCACAAAUAUCACAUGUAAUAACGAAUAUAUCGCCACUGUUUGCAAGAAACAUCAAAAGAAUAUAUGUUACACCGCACCAUUGGACAAACAUUCAAAUGAGUAUAGAAGAUUAACGUUUGUUAUGAAAUAUAUCUAUUUUAGUUAUUGUAUUUAAAUGAAAUGACAAUUACUUUAAAUUAUAAUGUAACAUAUAUUAUAAAUUGUCAUCGCCGUACAACGUAUGCAGUGUAAAGAGGUCGGUGUUUUUAUUUAUAUUAAUUGAAGAAUUGCUUUAAUGUCAGUAAAAGCGGGAUAACUCUCAAUGACACAAAGUGCAGACUGAAAGCUGAUCAUGAAAAAAUAAGUUAUAACUUACUUUUGAAAAAAAAAAUUAAAUGAAUGUUUGAUCUGUAGUUCCCCUUUUCACUAAUUAUCAUUUAAUAGUUAACUAACAUGCGCAUUUAAAAAAAGUUAACGUUGGACAUUGUUUACUAAAGUAAAAGUUUUCAAAUUUAUUUCUAAUUUUAUGAACAGAACUGUGUAUUAUUUUCAGCCCAUGUACGUGCAACUGGAAACUUCCAUUUGUUUGUCCCAUACAUGUAUUUGUUUUCUAUACGUUUAACUUUUUUGUUAUGGUUUAGAGAAUUGAUCUAAUGCUUUUGUAGAGCUUCAUAAUCAGAAACUACGAGCACGUUUGAGUUUUGUUAAAAAGUUUUAAAAUCAUGCAAGCAAGAAAUAAAGGUAAAACGACAUUCUGAUCGGAUUAAUCCUUGUUUGGGACGCGAUGUUGAUCGCAUCAUGUGUGUAUACUGAAUAUCCCUUUAAAUGGAGAAAUUCAUACUGCAAAGGAUUUUUAAACAAAAUACCACGAAAUGCGAAUAUUUUUUUUCGAAUGAAACUUGAGUUUGAUGCGUUUAUAUAGUGGCUUCGCCGUUAUUGUUGACAAUUGUUACGCACAAUUUUGAUUCAAGAACAACCAUACAGGACAAACACUGAUCACACUGUACAUGUACGCAGGAUACGAGGAUGAUUACAAAGUACACCGGAUAAACUGAUGAUUACAGUUUCAGCAUGAUAAACGAAUGAUUACAGUGUAGGCAGGAUACAAGAAUGAUUACAGUUUAAGCAUGAUAAACGAAUGUUUACAGUGUUGACAGGAUACAUGGAUGAUUACAGAGUACGCAGGAUACACGGAUGGUCACUAACUGAUACACGAAAAAAAGCGAUAAAAAUAAAUGGCGACAAACAUUCCUACACUUGUCCAUUUAAAACGCAAAACCAAAUUCAAGAAGGGAGACAAAAGAAACGAAGACAUACAGAAUUGUUGGUGAUCUUCUUAAAAUAUUGAUUCGAUUUGAUUUGUAUUGUAUUGAUUGUAUUUUAUUUGGUUUUUUAAUGCUUUUAUCAUUAAA